CUCCGGGUAUUCGCGCUUCACUUCUUAACUGAGAACGUCGUUCUGUAGAUCGUCUUUUAGUUUUUUCAAUUAAUUCUUUUAAAUUCUUUUUUUUUUGGUUUCCUCCUAAAUAACACCAUAGAGUUCCGAUAAGUUCGGUAAUUUAUUGGUUUUGAACAGUGGCGUUCGUGUUGAACUUGAUUUGUUGUGCGAACAGUAGAAGUAGUGACUUUUUGAACACGGGUUUCUUUUAAUGUUUUGUGCCUAUUUAUUGGGAAACUAUGGAUUAUAGUUUUUGUUACAUCAGAUUAUAGAACAGUCAUGCAGGGCGUGGUGGUUUGUCCCGAAAAUCCCCAGCAAGGCUCGCCUCCACCUAAUAACGUUAUAGUUACCAGCAUGGAAGAACCCCAUCAACCGACAAACCCAACCAAAGAAAAACUCAACCAAAGCGACUCAGGAAUCUUCUCAGCAACGAACACCACCAUCGACCAGUCGACCACCUGUGAAAGUGACAACCGUAGCGACUGCAGCUCACCGGAACGCAAAUACGUUUGCCCCAUCUGCGACAUCAUCCUGACCUCACAGCAUAAGUUUACCCUCCAUAUCAGAUCUCACAACAACGAUCAAGACCAAGAUCAAGUGCCUGAAAAAGGCUUCGUUUGUAAAAUCUGCAAUAAAGUCUUGAGCUCUAGCUCUAGUUUGGACCGACACGUGCUGGUGCAUAGCGGAGAACGGCCGUUCAAUUGCAAAUAUUGCGGUGACACUUUUACUACCAACGGUAACAUGCAUCGGCACAUGCGCACUCACUCCAGCAAGCUUGAAAACUACGAGUCAGACGGCAGCACCGACAGCGGAAGUAACCGAAGCAUCGAAUUCAAUAACAAUAAAGUGGAAACGAAGCAUGCUAACAAACGCAAGCUAGAAGAUGAAGAAGACAACGAGCCUUCACUCAAAAAGUUUGCUCUAUCAAAUUCUCAGUUUCGUUGUCCGGUAUGCGAGAGGGCGGACUUCACCUCCAGUGAAAUCUUAGAGGCACAUCUCGAAGAUAACCAUCCAGAAUACCCAAGUAAAUGCGGACAAUGCGAUCAAGUAUUUUUAAAUAGCAAACAGCUGAUGGUGCAUAAGGAGCGUGCCCACGUGACACCAAAGCCUGCCGUGGUUGGCUUCAAAGAUCUCACCCGUUGGGACUUCUCCAGUCAAAAGUUUCCUCACAUCGCCAGGCGGGAGUGCGAACUCAACAUUCACCAAGCUGCUGCAGGUGGAUUGAAUUUCCAGUGUCAUAAGUGCUGUAAAGCAUUCCCUUGCUCUAGCUCCCUUGAAAUCCAUGAGCAAAGCUGUGUUAACUCCCCUAUUGGCUUAAACUUAUGCAAACCUAAUGGCAUUUCCGAGGAUGAAAUCAGGCGAGCAGAAUUCUUCUCCAGACUGAACCUCCAGAAUAAUUCACCAGAAAAACUUAUCCCUCCAGCUCUAUACCCUUCAAAAGAAACCACUCACAAGCUUCGUGAACAUUUGGCCAAAGCCAUGGAUGGCACCAAGGACUUAGCUGACAUCCAAUCGAUUCUCUCUAACAUCAACAGACAACAGCUCUCUAACAGCAAACAGGAGGUAAGAAUACCACCUCCACCUCCUCCAACUUUAAAACCAACGUUAGAAAUUGGACAGGACUCAAAAACAGAAAACGAGGAGGAAACUCAAGAUUCCUUUGCCAUAGAGUUCAGAAAAAUGAAGCUGAGAGGUGAGUUCCCAUGUCGGCUCUGCACCGCAGUAUUUCCUAACUUAAGAGCCCUAAAAGGCCAUAACAGAGCCCACUUAAGUGGAAACAGCAAUGGAACAUACUACUGUAACAUGUGCCCACACUCUUCAAUAGACAAGGCUGCUUUAAUACGUCACAUGAGAACUCACAAUGGUGACCGGCCUUACGAAUGCUCUCUAUGUAACUACGCCUUCACCACUAAAGCAAACUGUGAAAGGCACUUGAGAAAUCGCCACGCGAAAACCACCAGGGAGGAUGUGAAGAAAUCAAUCAUUUACCAUCCAUCAGAAGACCCUACCAAUGACGAACUGAAUAAAUUAACCAUGAAGGAUGAGAAGAAGCAUUUAUUCCCAUCCCCUAUUGAACCAAGAGAUGUUAGUCCUGAAAAAGUACAUUGCUCAACCCCCAAGAUUUCUUUGAAUACUGAAGUCAGUUUUCCACCUCCGACAAUCGUUCCUGACCUCCAAGCUCUUAAGCCAUCCAAGAUCUUCUCCAGCAUCGAUUUUAUCCACAACGAAAACCUCAAAGCAAACCGCUUUGUACCUCCCUUCUUUCCUCAACCAUUUAACUUUGCUCCCAAGCUGCCUACAAUCAUCCCCACCUCUCCUCCAGAGGUACCCCCUGCAAUCCCAAGUAAAAUCCAAGUGAAGCCAUACGAAGCCCUUAGGGAAAGCAAUCACUCUUUCGAGCAAUCUGAUGAUGAAUUUUACGAAGAAGAAGAGGAAGUAGCCUUGGACUUAAGCAAAAAGAAAAUGGACGAAGAAAAGCAGAAAAUGAUUGAAGAAGACGACGAAGAUGAACCUCAAGACCUAACCAAGAAAGCUCCAAGCUUAAUACCCCAUAUGAACGAAAUGGUUGCUCAACAGUUAUUGAAAACCCAUCCAGAAAUCACUCCUACAGCAGCAUUAUAUGCCACCCAACUUGCUAAUCUUUGCAGAAAUGGAUUUCCUGGUUGGGGAGCCUUCCCUGUGAAUCCUUUAUUGUAUCAAGCAUUUCCUGGACUCCCUCGUAACGCUCAAGAGCUCAAAGAACGCAUUCAAAGAUUCCAACUGUGCGGAGGUUCAAUGAUUUCUGAAGACUUAAAACCACAGCUCCCAGUAGAAACUCCCAUUCCAGCCAACUUCAAACCUAUGAUGUCAAGAGAGAAUAUAUUUCCUCCAAAACAUCUUGCUGAAGAACAAGAAGAAUCACAACCGUUAAACAUUAACGUGAGUGAAUCAAGUUAUGACAGUUUACCACCAAAGAUGCACAGCCCCGUACAGCAACCACACAAAUCUGACAUGACUCAUUCACCUAAUUCAGUUAAAAUGGUGAUUAAAAAUGGAGUUCUCAUGCCCAAACAGAAGCAGAGGAGAUACAGAACCGAAAGACCUUUCACUUGUGAGCACUGCAGCGCAAAGUUCACUUUGAGAUCCAAUAUGGAGCGGCACAUCAAGCAGCAACACCCUCACUACUGGUCUCAAAGACAGAGAGGUGCCAUCGGACAACCUGGAAGGAAACCUCAAGGUUUGCUGCUCAAGCCGAACUUUUGCGACUUGCCUCUCACAAACUACGAGAUGCCAAAGAUGCACGACUUCGAUGAAACCAAAGAACAUAUGAACGAGAAACUGCGAUUUGCGUUACUGGCGCAAGGAAUGCAAAACAACCACUUCAAUCAUCAGGAUGUAAAAAAAGACGACGAUGAGGACUGCGCUUUGGUUAUUGAUGAAAAUAGUAAGACUGAAGAACAAAAUAGCAAACCAACAGAACAUAUUGCUAUGAAUCUGACUCGUGAUUGUAAUGACGCGGUGAGGGUGAACCAAAGAGCAACCAAAGGAGAAGAAGACUUGGUAUCGGUUUCCAGACUUCUGGACAAUGCUUCGCAGCAACAAUUUAAAGAGUACUUUAAGGGGGACAGUGAGGAUCAUGAAGUUGGUGGAGUCAGUGAAGAGGAAGAGGAGGGUCUUGUGGCAAGUGGGAGUACUAGUGAAGGAAACAUAUCUGGAACUGAUGAAAAUAGAUCUGACUCAGAGACAAUCAACUCCCAAACACCAGUAAAAAAGAAGUCAGCCUACUCCCUAGCCCCGAACCGUGUUAGUUGUCCAUUCUGUAGCCGAAAGUUUCCUUGGAGAUCAUCCCUACGCCGCCAUAUCCUCACCCACACCGGUGACAAACCAUUCAAAUGUUCGCACUGCCCUUUGCUCUUCACCACCAAAUCGAACUGUGACAGACAUUUGCUGCGGAAGCACGGUAACAGCGCCACCACGAUAAUCACCGGAGAAGCCCCGAGUAACGCCAACAUGAACUACUUGAUGAGGAACGUACCUGAGAGGCCUUUCAAAUGCUCGAGCUGUCCCAGCAGCACCUUUUCCACUUAUUCCAAGUUGAAGACCCAUAUGAGCUGUAAACACUUGACCAACGCUCAAGGGGAUGACAUAAGGGCUCAGGGUUACGAGGCGGGCAGCUCAGAAGAUGAGAAAAUCUGUAAGCCGGAACCGGUGAGGAACGACUGGGAGAACCAAAUCUCUUAUAGCAAGUGUGCGGUCACUGGUAAUGCGGCAGACCCACAACCGAAUGCUCAGGUGGUAAAUUCUGAUCUGCCUUUCAAGUGCCACCUGUGUGAGAGCUCGUUUUCUGAGCGGCAACCUGCUUUGGAGCAUAUCAGAGAUAGACAUGCUUCUGAGUACGACUUGCUGAUGUCAAAGAACGCUCUGGAGAUGAACCCUACUACUCAUCAAGAUGAAGCUUCCGCUCAUCAUGACGAAGACGAUUCGGAUAUCAGAGGCAAAUUUCCUGAUUAUUCGAACCGGAAAGUGAUUUGCGCAUGGUGCAUGCGCAGAUUUUGGUCCGCCGAGGAUUUGCGCAGACAUAUGCGCACACACACCGGCGAGCGGCCUUUCAGUUGUGACAUUUGCGAACGUAAGUUUACUUUAAAGCAUAGUAUGCUGAGGCAUCGUAAGAAGCAUGCCUUGAAUAGCAACUUCGAGCAUAGCGAUGAGGAUAAUAUGGAGCAUUCGCAUCGUGCAGAGGAGUCUGGUAAUAAGAGUUCUUCUGAUGGAAAAGGAGAGAAAACUGACGAGUCAGAUGUGCAGGAGGGAGCAAGCGAUUUGAUAGGUAACCUGUUGGGGAUUAGAGAUAAGACUAUUAUUGAUAAGGUACUUGAUGCUUCGGCAGAUGAUGCCGCCAAGCUCUUAGGGGUUAGGAAUGGGGUUAAAGAAUAAAUGUUACUGGGGGUUAGUUAAGUAGAAUAUUCCAAAGAUUUUUUUUAGCUUGGUUAGGUUGGGCAAAUCGCUUAUGAGAUUUGUUCUUUAAGGUGCGACUUGUUUGUAAAUUUUCUAGUCAGGUUAUUCCAACGAAUAUUUAGAAGUUAGGCCUAAAAUGUCAAUUUGUUUCUAUAUAGGUUAGGAUGCUUUUUGGGUUUUAUCACCCCUCUGGCUCAAACGUUUAUAAUAUAGUGUGCGUAAGUAUUUUUUUUUUAAAGCAAUAUAUAUAAUUUCUGACAGAUUCAAAUAUUUAUAUUUACGCACCCAGUAUUGUAUUAAUUAUAUAUAUAUAGUUAUUCCGAUAGCGUAAAAUUAGUCCGUGCACCAAUUUGACUUGAUAUUUUCCAAUAAUUUGGGCGUGGCUACGUAUUUUUUCUUUACAGUGACAGUUCAAAAUGGCGGAUAGGCUUGUGAUAAAAAUUAAUAAUUUCUUAAAAGUUUUCACAAUACCUGAAUGUUACGUCACUUUCUUCCUUUUUUUUUUAUCAAAUAUAUGCAGAAAAUUUAAUCUUUUCACUAUAUUACUUAUAUGAAGCUUUUUUCUUGUUUAAAAAAAAUUAAAUAUGAUGAGAUUUUAAAAAAGCCGCCAUUUUUUGCUCUCCCAUCCAAGAUGGCGUUUUGACAGAAGUAACUGUCAUUAUUUCAUGUGAAAAUAUACAUAACCUACAUUUAAAGUUAGAGUGGAGAAGAGGCUUUUACGCCAUUAUGUUUCCAGGGUGAUUCUCCGAGAAACGUUCUUAGUUACUUAAAACCCUCACCCUGUAAAUAUUAUUUAUUAGUUUAGACGAUUUAUUUAUAAAUUGUUUUUUUUUAUAAUUUUGUACAUAUCAAUAAACUGCGGUCUAGGUAUACCAAAAAUUUCUUAAUGCGCUAACCAUAUCAAUGCAAUAAUUAUGUUAUUGCACUGAUCCGUUAGUAGUUGUAUAAUACUUUUUUGCCCUCAUAAAAUAUAGCUGAGAGUAUCUUAUAAUUGCCUUAAAAAUGUCUUUAAAAAGCAAUAUACGAAUAUUAUUAUACUUAUAUAUAAUAAAAGUGCACUUUUCCCUAUUAAGUCUUAAAUAUAAAAAAUGUAAAUAUAAAAUCGUUUUUGGAUAAAAUGGUCAGUAGGAGUUUAUUUAAAUUUAAGUUAAAUAGUUAAAAUAAUUGCAAUCGAAAAUCAAAAUUAGGAUUCGUAUAUGACAAUUUAAAAAUUAAAUUUCUAUUAUAUAUAUGGCUUGUUGAAUUUUUUUAUAAUUAUUUAUAUUUUUAUUAUUUUUUUUUUGUUAUUUCAGUAUUAGGUGCUUAUGUAGGAGUAAAAUUUGUAUGUUUAUUUAUUAAUGUGCUUUUAAAGUGCUUACGUUCCCUUUGUUAUUGGUUUUGCAGGGUUUUAUAUGUAUUAUAUAGUAUUUAUUGUAUGGCCCUGUAUACCUUAAAUAUUUAAAUUGUAGGUUAUUAGAUAGAAAUUAGACUGACACAAAAUGUUUGUUUUUGAAAUUGCACGUUAUAUUUUGUAUUCGAUUUUCACACAAUUCACCUGCGUGUCUUAAAAAGUGCUUUUUGCCUGAAACCUAUUAUGACUUUAGGUUUAGGCUUAAAAAAGCGGAUCUACUAAGCUAUAAUUAUUAUACAUUUAAAGCAACGAGUGAUUAUAUUGUAUAACAUAUAGUCUUUAAGGUACUUUUAUAUUUCUUAGACGUUAUUAUUAAGGCUUCUUAUUGUUAAUUAUUAUAAAUAUUCGGUAAUUGCAUUUUUAUUUUGUUAAAAUGUUCGCCAUAUUUAUUAGAAGUGUUUUUAUUAUUACAAAAUGAUAUAUAAAUAUAUAUAUGUAAUUCUAGGAAUUCACUACUUAAAUUUAAUGUUUACACGAAUUUGCGUACCUUUUUUCUGUUUAAUUUUGAAUUGAAUAAAUAAGUAGAAUAUAAAA